GGUAGGAGUUGUCAGCGGAACAGCAGCAGCAGCAAGCAUCAUCGGAGCCGAAUGGAGUAAUCACGAAGAUAUUAUUCCAGACAGCGUCUCUGUUACCAUUUAGAAACACUGUUUACACCGUUCAAACGUCGACACCAUGGCAGACGACCAGUCCUCUCAAUCCUGGUCCAUCGACAGGGAUGACUACGAACUCAAUGAGGUGAUAGGGAGCGGAGCCACUGCAGUUGUCCAGGCAGCAUACUGCAAGCCAAGAAAGGAGAAGGUGGCCAUCAAACGCAUCAACCUGGAAAAGUGUCAAACUAGCAUGGAUGAGCUGCUGAAAGAGAUCCAGGCUAUGAGUCAGUGCCACCACCCGAACAUCGUGUCUUAUUAUACCUCCUUUGUGGUGAAGGAUGAACUGUGGCUGGUCAUGAAGCUGCUCAGUGGUGGCUCAGUGCUGGACAUCAUCAAACAUAUCAUCUCCCGUGGCGAGCACAAGACGGGCGUGUUGGAUGAGGCUAGCAUCGCCACCAUCCUGAAAGAAGUCUUAGAGGGGCUGGAGUACCUUCACAAAAACGGGCAGAUUCAUCGGGAUCUGAAAGCUGGAAAUAUUCUCCUCGGGGACGACGGCUCGGUGCAAAUUGCUGACUUUGGUGUGAGUGCCUUUCUAGCAGCAGGAGGAGACAUGACUAGGAACAAGGUUCGGAAGACGUUUGUGGGGACGCCAUGCUGGAUGGCGCCAGAGGUCAUGGAGCAGGUCCGCGGAUAUGACUUCAAAGCCGACAUCUGGAGUUUCGGGAUAACAGCCAUUGAACUGGCCACUGGGGCUGCACCAUAUCACAAAUACCCACCGAUGAAGGUGCUGAUGCUGACUUUGCAGAACGACCCUCCCUGUCUGGAGACGGGCAUCACGGACAAGGAGAUGGUGAAGAAGUACGGAAAGUCCUUCAGGAAGAUGCUCUCUCUGUGUUUACAGAAAGAUCCAGAAAAAAGGCCAACUGCUGCCGAGUUGCUGAAGCAUAAAUUCUUCACAAAAGCCAAAAACAACGAGUAUUUGCAGGAGAGGCUUCUACAGAAGGGUCCAACAAUAACGGAGCGAUCCAAAAAGGUACGUCGUGUGCCCGGCUCGAGCGGUCGUCUCCACAAGACAGAGGAUGGCGGUUGGGAGUGGAGCGACGAUGAGCUGGACGAGGAGAGUGAGGAGGGCAAAGCUGCAGUCUUAGCUCUGCGGUCCCCCAGAGUGAAGGACGGGUCCCAGAAUAUGGAGCUUUUCCCACCAGCAGAUGGCUCCACACAACAUCUGCAGCCGCCUGGUGCUGCACAGGAGAGCCCCGCGAACGUGGGCCAGACAGGAGAGGAAGCUCCACCACAGGCUCCCGCUCAAACAGCGAGCCCCUUACAUGUACCCACUGCUCAGGAUCCAGCUGCAGCCAAUGCCAGUGUUCCCAUCAGCCUCGUCCUGAGACUGAGGAAUCCCAAGAAGGAACUCAAUGACAUCCGAUUUGAGUUCAUGUCCGGCAGAGAUUCUGCUGACGGAGUUUCUCAGGAGUUGGUCUCAGCAGGUCUGGUCGACGGCAGGGACUUAGUCAUUGUUGCUGCCAAUUUGCAAAAGAUUGUUGAUGAUCCUCAUAAUAACAAAAAUGUGACCUUUAAAUUGGCAUCUGGCGUGGAGGAGUCUGAAAUUCCUGACGAUGUUAAACUCAUCGGAUUUGCGCAGCUCAGCAUCAGCUAAGUCCAGCAGAGCCAUCAGCAGAGGACAGAAACUAAUGGUAUUGCACAGCUGCAUUGUAGUCAAUUCCAAGAAACCACUACUGCCAAAGAGAGGAGGAGGAAGAUGAUGAGGAGGAGGAGGAUGAGGAGGGGACAGGAAGCUGGCAGGAGUGUGACACUACUGCAGGAUGCAUGAGGACCACAUUGAGAGGGGGCUCAGUUCAUUACAGGAAUCACACUUGAAACGUUUACAGUGCGCUUAUACAGUAAAUGGGAGAAGUGAUGCAAUCAACUAUAUCAACUCCUAGUUUCUUUUUUGUUUUGUUUUUCUUCCUCUUCAUACAUAAGCACAAUCCAAACCAUCUCCUGCCAGUACUGGAAGUGAUUGCCUUUUUUUGUUUUGUUUUGUUUUAAUCAACUGUGCCACAAAACUCACAAGAGUGUCGUGCCACCUUUAUACGGCACUUUAUGCUACACUGAAAUUGAAAAGUGUAAAUUCAGCCUUAGUUAGUCAAACUUUAGAUUUUACCAGUGUUUGGUGAACAAAAAAAAAAGAGUCUCUCUCUGUGAUUAUUAGGUGUAUUCUAUAUACGCCUGUCUAAGAAAUCAAUCUCCCGUAACACUGACACAACUUAGAAACACACUGUAGCGUAGUUUUGUAAUUCUGUAAAUUCAGAUGGACUUUUACCGAGGAUAUAAAUCAAUUACCAGAUUCCUGUCGAAGGCAGCCCGAGGCGUGUGGUGUGGUGGUUUAGUCCAAACAUAACCAAAGAGUUUAGGCUCUGACUGCACUGCUGCAACCAUUCAAACACACACAAAUCGACUGUAACUGCUCUGUCCCGGAAUAACCGCAGUUACUUAUCGAUGGCAUUUUUCAAAGGUUUUCAAAGACAGGAUUAUUUUCACAGAUUGAGACCUGCCUAAUAUUCUUCUACUAUGCAAUAGGUGUUUUCUUUUCACAGCGUGUGACCGCUGGUUUCUAAUAAUGUUUCUCUUGGGUUGAAUAGAUUUGUUUUUUUGGGCUUGUACAUUGCUGGAAGUUCCUGAAGUCAACCAGCAGCUUUAGGAACCUACAGUGAGAAUUUCUCCUCACAGGCAAAAUGAACAUUUAACACGGCUACAGACAGACACAGGUAAUAAUUGCAUGUUUCUAUGUCACUGUGUAGAAAGGUCGUUCACCACAAGUGAUCCAACAGCUGUGAUGAGUCCUGAAUGCUGGCAAUGAGUGCCGAGCUGCUCUUGUUACAGGCCGACCAACAGUGAACUUCUGUGGAGGUGUGCACGCCCAAAAACUGAGAAUGUUCAACCAGAGUGAAAUAAAAGUUUAAAGGGGCAGUUCACCCAAAUUUCUAAAAGGGGAAAAAAAAAAGAUUUUGUCACUUGCCUUUAGUCGUGUUUGGCAGUUUUGGUCGUAUUUGGUUUUGAGUCCUUUGUCUCUGAGAUUUCUGCCUCCAACUUAAUAACAAUGGAAGUCAAUGGAAUGUUGUUUGUUGCCAUAUUAGCAGCCAGACCAAAAUAAAUUGGAAACUAUUGGAUAGAUUGCCAUUAUAUCAACUGCACUAUUCAAAGUCCCUGAAGGAUAAAUUCUUCUCACUUUGGCGAUUUCUUAAAUUUUCACUUUCGGUCUGGCUCAUGAUCCAGUAUCCUCAAAGCUAAUAUUUCCAUCGGCCUCAGCUGUACUUUGCUAGAGCUGCAAUGAUAAGUUGAUUAGCCGAUUGACAAAAUAAAUUGGCAACAAUUUUGAUUUUUGAAUAAUUGAUUUAGUUGGGUUUUUUAAGCAGAAAAGCCAAAAAUGUUCUGGUUUCUUGCAUCUUAUGCUUUUCUUUGUCCUACAUUGUGAUUAAUAGUUUUGAAUCUUUGAACUGUUGGUCGGAUAAAACAAAAUCUCUCUGAACAAAUUGCAAAAAAUAAGCGGUUUGGUUUCUGUUUGUUGUCAUGUUCAAAUGGGCAGGUUAACAGUUCACUCGGAGGGGCAGACACAUGGGCUGAAAUACUGUCUUGAAACCGACUGGCUAAAGUCCAAUGACAAUUUAGCUUCCUAUAAGUGUUUGUUAGUUAUAGAAAUUAACCGAAAUAACCAGUGGAAGAUGAAGUCUUGGCCCGAAUAUCCGCUAGUUACUCUGGAUCAGCCUGAAAUACUGGCCCUUGCCUGGGUUACGAGACUGGAUAACAUACAGUUUGAAGACCGAAAUAACACGGGGCAUGUUUCACUACUUUGACAUUUUAUUGACGAAACAAUAAAUUAAUUAAUCCAGAAACGAAUGGGCCGAUUUAUCGAUAACAAAAAUAAUCGUUACUUGCAGCCCUAGUGUGUAGUGCUAAUUAGUUAAUCUUAGCAUCCUAACACACUUAACUUCCAUUUAAGCUGCUAAACAUCUGCAUGUUAGCAUUGCUAUUAACUUGUUAGCGUGCCUAUGUUAGCCUUUAGCUCAGUACAGCCUCAUAGAGCUGCUGACCACGAACAACGAAACAAAAUUCCUUUACCUCCAUUGUAUCAAGAGGCAGCAGGAAUCCUAAAACCUGAGUAAAUAACACCAAAAUUAUCUGCAUGUCCUGACACCACCAGUCAGUCCCUCCAGGAUUUCGCAGGCUUUUUGGGGGGAAUUAUUGCAGCCUAAGAUGCCCGACUACAUGGCAGCUUUUCUAAAAGAGCUUUUCGGUGUGUUUUUUUUGCGAUUAAAUUGCGGGAGUAGAUUGUAAAACUAGUCGUAAAUUGUAGUACAAUUCAUUAAGGCAACUUGUACCAGUGAGAAUAAAACCGCACUGCUCUGAGUUUGUGAUUUAUACUACACAUAUGUUAUCACUAACCUGCGAAUAUAAACUCACCAUGAUUCUUUGAACAUGUACAGUUUAUCUGGAUGCAACAACCUUUGUCAUGUUGCUUUGUCCUGUCUGUUGUCGACACAUUUCUAGAAUCAAUUUGUCAAAGGAUGUCGUUUAUGUUCCACCACAACGUUGCACGCGAUGCAAAACAGAUUAAACCUGCUCUCUUGCAGAACAUCAGCCGUGCACAACCUUAAGCAGUAAUGUGAAACAAGUACAGAUAGUCGAAUAUGAUCUUUACUGAUUGCGAUACCUGAACUUUCAUAUUGGCUGAUACCGAAUACUGGGGAUGCACGAUGUUGGAUUUCUUGCCGAUAUCUGAUAUGCCGAUAUGUAACGACUCAUUUGUCCGAUAACCGAUACCGAUGUUGAUAUAUCCACUUUUUUCUCCACCUAAUUUUAGUGAUCAAGUCUCUUCUGUAGUGGAAUAAACAUCAUGUUAUGCAUGCAUACUCUUAUCAUGAUGGCCCACCAGCAGAUGGAGACAUGAAAUGCAGUAGUUUUCAAUGUAUGUAAAAUUAGAAAAAAACAUGUCGGCCAAUUCUGAUAUUUCAUUUUAAAGCCAAUAUUGGCCGAUAAGUUGACGUGCCGAUAUUAUCCUGCAUUCCUACGGAGUACCAAUCCAAUAUCGUGGUAUACUGCUGACCCUGUAUGGGUGUGAAAUAACUGCUAUCGUUGUAUUUACUAUCAGGUUAAACCCGAGAACACGAACAAACGCAUACAGAGAAUAAAUGCCUGCCACUUUAUUUUAUUAUCUAGUUUGACUGUCAGUCAAAAAAUAAUAAUACAAUCUUAGUUAUAAAUAACAUUUCCUUUAAAUAACGUACAUUGCAGCAACACUUGUAGUGCAGCACCAGCUGAACGUUCAGGGAAUCAAUUCUUCUUCGCUGCUUUAAAAAAAUAGUAGUUGCCAGUGGCUGUUCAGCGCAACUUGCUGUGUAGGCUGCCAUUUUAGAGCAACAAGGAAGAAUUGAUAUCUGGGUGUGAAACUGCUUCAGAGUUUAUUAAUAAAUUGUGUGAAAUUAUCAAAUCGAAUUAUCGCAUACUCGCAGAUACCUGAUCGGGCUUUGGGAAGUAGGUUUAUCCGAUCCUGAUAUUGGAACAACUCCAGAAACAAAAGUGAGUUUGGUGACGUGCGGUAGACUGCUAUGAUUGGCGGAGCUCACAGAGGAAGUUUCACAGAUAAUGGUUGAAUUUGCUUUAAUUGUUGCCCACCACAGCACCUUGGCAACAGUAGGCUUAUCACACAUUGGGUGAAGUGCUCCUUUAAACUUUACCAGAAGCCAGUUAUUAUUACUUAAGUUUUUGUGUCACUAGGCAAGUUGUUUUGACAGUACUGUAGUCUCUUUGCUUUCUAAGCACUCACCAACAAAUCACUGUCAUCACUCCCUGUGUAGCUGGUUGUUUUGUACCACGUGCAAAGGGCUGCGAAAAAAAAGCUCCUAGUUCAGGUACUGAUGUAAAUGGUGUAUGUAAAGAUGUUGUAAAUGUACGUAUGAUGGCAACUCCAUGCACUGUCACGCAAACAUCAUGAGGUUUGUAUGUAACAAUGUAGAUGCAUUGACUGUUUUAAGUGUACAUGUCAGAUAAAAGUAACAUUUUACUUGUAAAUAUAGCUUAAGGCGGACUGAGGCUCAUCAUGUUCAGUACACAGAGUUUAAAUUGUUUUGUAGUGUUUUCCACUGUUGGCCUUUGUCGGAGCGUCACUAAUCAUGCACAAAUGAUUUGUCCAAUUGGCACCUUAUUGAUAUGUUAACAUGCGUAUUUUCGGGGUUACAUGGGGCUUGUAGUCACACUCUGUGCUUUGUCAUGAUAUGCAGUUUUCUCACUGAAACCUGUCCGAGGCUAACGGAUAAAAUGUCAUUUCAAUAAGACGAGCGGCACAGGUUACACUUCUCUCUCCCCGUGUGCGUGUGAUUUUGGUGAUAAAAUGAUUGAUCAUCGAAGGCUUUGAGCUGAAAUUCACAUAGAUUUUUUUUAUUUUUUUUUUUAUUUAUUUCCCUUUUAUUGUUUACUCAUCAGAAAAAAUAUCAUUCUGCCUCCACGGAGACACUGAAUGAUUAGUAUUCAUUUUAGCACUUGAUUGGCAAGUAAAUUUUUCUUUUCUUUUUUUUUAUUUUUACAGAUCAUUACGUAUAUUUUUAAAAUAUGGUUGAUUAUAAGAUGUGUACAUCAACACAUUCAUAAUUUGAAGUGGAAAUUUUGUGAUGACUUGCAAGAGAUUCCUCGACAUGUAUAGAUUAUUGGAAAAUGUCAACACAUGCAAAUGAUUUUUAGUAGCUGAAUAAAGUCACAUGAUGGAA